CUGGGGUGGAGGUGAAAGCGAAAGUGGGAAGCGUCCUGUACAACCCCACAGAAGCUGAGACAAACGCCUUUCUGCUGCCCCUUUGCUUCACUCUUUUCUUCCUCUGAUCCACCCAUCGACCCCCGGAGCUCAAUCGGCCUCCCUGCCCUGAGAUGCUGAAGCAGGCAGUGGAACACACAGGAGGCUUCUCUUUCGAGAACUGCCAGAGGAAUGCGUCCUUGGAACAUGUCUUCCCGGGCUUUCGGGUCCCUCAUGCACGCAAGACGGGGACUACCAUCGCGGGACUUGUGUUCCGAGAUGGAGUCAUUCUGGGCGCAGACACGCGGGCCACUAACGAUUCGGUCGUGGCGGACAAAAGCUGCGAGAAGAUCCACUUCAUCGCCCCCAAAAUCUACUGCGGUGGGGCUGGAGUAGCUGCGGACACUGAGAUGACCACGCGGAUGGCAGCUUCCAAGAUGGAGCUACAUGCGCUAUCCACAGGCCGUGAGCCUCGGGUGGCCACGGUCACCCGUGUCCUGCGCCAGAUGCUCUUCCGGUACCAAGGCUACGUGGGAGCAUCACUGAUCAUGGGCGGGGUUGAUCUGAACGGACCGCAACUCUAUAGCGUGCACCCCCAUGGCUCCUACAGCCAGCUGCCCUUUACGGCCCUUGGCUCUGGACAGGAUGCAGCCAUAGCACUGCUGGAGGACCGGUUCCAGCCAAACAUGACGCUGGAGGCUGCACAAGAGCUGUUGGUGGAAGCCAUCACUGCAGGGAUCCUGGGUGACCUGGGCUCCGGAGGCAGUGUGGAUGCGUGUGUGAUCACUGCAGCCGGUGCCAAGAUGCUGAGAACAUUGAGCUCACCCACAGAGCCUGUGCAGAGAGCUGGCCGUUAUCGAUUUGCUCCUGGAACCACAGCUGUCCUGACCCAGGAAGUGAGACCCCUGAACCUGGAGCUCCUGGAGGAAACUGUGCAGGCCAUGGAGGUGGAAUAAAGUGGCCUGGGAGUUAAAGCUUGGAACAAGGGGGAAUAAAUCCAGGAAAUACAAACA